AUGGAGUCCCGCUUCCCUGCCCGAGAGGCUCCUGGAGAGGCAACUUGGGGGCCCCCCCCGGACUACAACUCCCAGCAGGCCCUGCGGCCCCUCCCCCCACCUGCUGUAGGAGCGGCUCGUUCCACGCCUGAGCCGAGGACAGAGAGGAACCAGGAAGGCAGAGGUGGACAAUCAGCCGUUUCGAGGCCAUCAGAAGAGCGGGCGGACAGGAGCCAGGCCAAGGAGCUGACUCACGAACCCGCUUCCCCUCCAGAUCUGGCCCGCCGGGGAGCCAGGACAGUGCCGCCAGCGGGAUCCCGGAGCCAGCGGCCUCUGAACCGCACGGUGUGGGACGGAGACGGCCGGGCCCCGUCGCAGCUUCCUGAAGCAGGGUGGUGCCGCGCUCCCCACAUGGCAGCUGGGUGCCCCCCGUAACGCCAGUCAAACUGGACGCCUCGGGCCCACGUGAGACACCCUCAGGCCAGAGCCCGCCCGCCCGCCACCCCCAGCCCAGCUGGGGCUCACCAGCAGCCUCCCUGCA